CUCUGCCAAAACUCGAGAGCUGAUUUAUUUUCUCGGAUCUCAGCUUCAAUUCUUUAUGUGGAAACAUCUAAUUCUUUUCUCCAUCUUUGAUUGCAAAAGAGUAAAUUUAUUUUUUGUAUCGACUUGUCAAUGAUCUUCCAUCACAAGAUCGCUGAUUUUAGGGGGAUUUCCUGGAGAAUUCGUUCGCGGUUGUGGAUUCCUGAAGCUAAUGGCUACGGGGACAAUGGCUACAGCCGCUGGUGCGGCGAUGCUUCUGUAUUACGUGUUGAAUCGAAGAUUGUCUGCCAAGGAUGGUGAAGAUGAUCGCAGUGGAGACUUCUCGAAAUCUCGUUCAGGAAGGAGGAGAAUUCCACGUCGACCUGCGCAGGCACCGGCCACCUGGUUCGAAGCUAUAACUACGUUGUCGGAGACGCUUAGGUUUACGUAUUCGGAAACCCUAGGUAAAUGGCCUAUUGGGGACUUGGCCUUCGGCAUCAAUUAUCUUAUUCGACGUCAGGGUAAUGUACAAGUUGCUAGUGUUUAUGCUGGAAAUGAUUGUGUACAACUUAAAGGUCCUGAAAUUAGAGCUGAGCUGACUUAUCAUCUGAGGUUGUUGACCCUUUGCAUGCUUUUCUCGAAAAAGCCAUUUCCAGUGUUUUUGGAAUCUGCUGGUUACUCGAAAGAAGAUGUGCUUCUUCAAGAGCCUAAGGCAGGGCUUCUGAGGCCUGCUUUCACAAUCAUAUGUGAUAGAAGUUCAAAAUGCUUCCUUCUGUUGAUUCGUGGGACUCAUAGCAUUAAGGACACACUAACAGCAGCAACUGGGGCAGUGGUUCCUUUCCAUCAUUCAGUUUUACAUGAAGGUGGUGUCAGUAACUUGGUUUUAGGAUACGCACACUGUGGGAUGGUUGCUGCAGCUCGUUGGAUUGCGAAGCAUAGUACUCCUUGCCUUCUAAAGGCACUUGCCCAAUGUCCUGACUACAAUGUCAAGAUUGUUGGGCAUUCACUGGGUGGUGGUACUGCUGCUCUCUUAACAUAUAUUCUUCGAGAACAUAAAGAGUUCUCUUCAACCACUUGUAUAGCAUUUGCUCCAGCUGCCUGUAUGACAUGGGAGUUGGCGGAGUCUGGGAAGCAUUUCAUCACUACAGUCAUCAAUGGUUCUGAUCUGGUACCCACAUUCUCGACUGCUUCUAUUGAUGAUCUUCGUUCUGAGGUUACGGCAUCAUCUUGGCUAAGUGAUUUGCGCGAUCAAGUGGAACACACAAGGUUUCUAAAUGUUGUUUUUCGCUCUGCAACUGCUCUAGGAUCUCAUCUACCAUCUAUAGCUAGUGCAAGAGCAAGGGUUGCAGAUGCAGGUGCACUACUCCGGCCUGUUUCCAGUGGUACACAGGUUGUGAUGGAGCGUGCACAAAAUGUUGCUCAGGCUGUUGUCAGGACCCGCUCCUCCCUUUCAUCAUGGUCGUGCAUGGGUGCACGCCGACGUACUGUAGGUCCUUCAUUGAACCCUAAAGAGGAAGGAGAUGAAUCAGAAUCUUCUCCUAUAUCGAGAAGAACUUCUGAAUCUUUUAUUACCGAAGCGGUCGUGGGAGACCGAGAGGUGGACAAGCUGGAUUGUUGCUCUAGGGGUGGCUCGGGCCAUGAUGAGACAGAGGAAGAGGAGGAACUUAUUCCCGUGGACCGUGUGAUUAGUGCAUCCACAGUUGAAGACAUGACUGAAGGUGAGCUUUGGUAUGAGCUGGAGAAGGAGCUUAAUAGACAGGAGAUUGAAGGCAAUGAUCAGAUCCGGGAAGAAGAAGAAGCAGCUGCCAAAGAAAUAACUGAAGAGGAGAAGGUAUUGGUUGAUACAGUGGAUAACACGCCCGGCACAUCGUUAGAUGGUUCAGAAACCCAUUGCUUCUACCCACCUGGUCGGAUUAUGCAUAUUGUUUCCUUGCUACCAUCUGAUGCCAUUACUUCAGGUAACGAUGACUCUGACAGGGACCAGGUUGGCAUCUAUGAGACUCCUCGUGAUCUGUACAGUAAGAUAAGACUCUCAAAAACUAUGAUAAAAGAUCAUUUUAUGCCUAUGUAUAAGAAGAUGAUGGAACUACUGCUAAGUGAGCUGGAGAAGGAUGCAGAAAUGUGUACUUGAUAUAAU